ACCGGCAAAUGAAAUAGGUACACAACCACAGGUACACGUUUUUAUGUGCUGACAGUCGCUGUUAAGAAAGAUACUGCAUAUUUCUACACCUUGAAGGCAGCUUGCACUGACAAAAACCCAUCAAACAGCUUCAUCGACCUCGGCUGUUUAUUCCAUAAAGAGAUUUGUUUCAAGAAGAGGAAAAAGUCUUAACCAGACUCAGUAUGUCUUCCAUUCAAGUAGAAAGCCCCAAUGUCCGGUACACAGACGGUUUCAUCGAAAGCCAAUAUGAUUACGAGACGACUGAGGUCAGAAAGGAAAACGGGAAACUGGUUGCUACACCAAAGACAACGAAAUACACAUUCAGGGUGGAAAGAAAGGUACCCCGGGUCGGUAUGAUGCUAGUAGGCUGGGGAGGAAAUAACGGAUCUACGGUGACAGCCGCCACGCUGGCCAAUAAACUCGGUCUGUCAUGGCGGACCAAAGAUGGCACCAGACACGCCAAUUAUUACGGGUCUAUCACUCAAGCGAGCACCAUCUGUCUCGGUUCUGGUCCAGAUGGGGACGUCUAUGUCCCUUUCCAUGAUCUUUUACCGAUGGUUCGCCCUGAUGACCUGGUCAUAGACGGAUGGGACAUCUCCUCCGAGAAUAUCGCCGAUUCGAUGGAAAGGGCAAAGGUCAUGGAUUAUGACCUCCAAGUUCAGUUGAAACCCCACAUGGAGCGACUGAGACCCAGACCAUCGAUAUACUAUCCAGAUUUUAUCGCAGCGAACCAGACUGACAGAGCGGAUAAUGUGCUUCCUGGGUAUGACAAGGCUGAGCACCUGGAAAAGAUCCGUAGAGAUAUAAGAGAUUUUAAAGUCACUUCCAACUUGGACAAAGUGAUCGUAUUGUGGACGGCCAACACUGAACGCUUUUGCGAUGUUCGUCCCGGACUUAAUGACACAGGAGAUAAUUUAAUCCAAUCAAUUGAAAGAAGUGCUGCAGAAAUUUCCCCGUCUACAAUUUUUGCCGUAGCCAGUAUACUUGAAGGGUGUUGCUACAUCAACGGCUCUCCUCAAAACACCUUUGUCCCAGGAGUCAUUGACCUCGCGGAGAGGGAGCGCGUCUACAUAGCCGGCGACGAUUUCAAAUCUGGGCAAACCAAACUCAAAUCCGUGCUGGUCGAUUUCCUCGUCAGCGCCGGUAUCAAGCCCACUUCUAUCGUCAGCUAUAACCACCUUGGCAAUAACGACGGAAGGAACCUCUCGGCUCCUCUGCAGUUCCGCUCUAAAGAAAUCAGCAAGAGUAACGUUGUGGAUGACAUGGUGGCGUCCAAUGGGAUACUGUAUGAACCAGGGGAGAAGCCCGACCACUGUGUCGUCAUAAAAUAUGUCCCAUACGUUGGCGACAGCAAGCGAGCUAUGGACGAAUAUACCUCGGAAAUAAUGAUGGGAGGUCACAACACCAUCGCCAUCCACAACACGUGCGAGGACUCCCUUCUAGCCUCGCCAAUUAUCCUAGAUCUUGUUAUCCUAGCAGAGAUGUGCCAAAGGAUACAGUUCAGGGUCGGAGAAGAACAGGAGUUUCAAAAUUUCAACGCGGUCUUGUCAAUUUUGAGUUACCUAUGCAAAGCGCCCUUGGUGCCGCGAGGAACCCCGUUGGUGAAUGCUUUGUUCCGGCAGAGGGCGUGUAUAGAGAAUAUCUUCAGAGCCUGUAUAGGUUUACCCCCACAGAACCAUAUGAUGUUAGAAUACAAGCACGAGAAAAUUCCAGAUAGAAACGUCAUCAAAACUGCUCAAUCCAGCAUGGUGGACUUGAAAUCCAAGGUUAUGCAAAAUAAUGGUACGAUGGCAGUUCACGUUAACGGAAGCAGCGAGAGCGAGGGCGAAGUGAGCAACUAAUGGUUGAGAUGACUCCUUCCUUACUGCUCCUACCCUUUUAUGGAAAUGUCAAAGGAACUUUUAGUUUUCGUUUAUAUAUUUAUUUUCCCUUAUGCAGUCCAUAAAUCAUUAUUCCAGUUGGCAACGGUAGAGCAAACAGAAUUUUGUCAUCCCAGAUUUCUGUGCAAGGUCCUCUUUUAAAAAACGGAACAGAUUAUAGUACGACAGACGUACAUCAUGUCUAUGGAAAAAAAACUUCUGAGCCGUAAAAAAGGACAAUGUAAUUUACGAUUAUUGUUAACCAAAGCAAAGAUCCAAAAUGUUAGCUGAUGCAGAAUUUCACCAAAUUCAAAAUUUGUCCAUCAUAAAGUUUUUAAAGUAUUGGCAUCGCACACCUAGCUGGACUUAGCCCGU